ACCUAUCCCUGAGAGUAUGUACGGUGCUACAGGCUUAACGAGGACUAUUCUUAAAUGUUUAAUGUUUUGACAGUUACCAGAGAGAGAAUAAAUGUCUCGCAAUCAAUCAUUUUGAAUGCGUUUAAUAAAUACUUUUAUAUUUUAGGCUAUUGCUAUUAUUGGUUAAAGUUUAGGCUACUAGCCUAUAUGGUCCAAUGGGAAUUCGGGAGAUCCAACGCAAUUGUGGAAAUAUUGACCGAGGGCUCUAGCCUACCUUUGGACUAGCAAAUAAAAGGAGUUGUCGUUACUAGCGGUCGUUACCGACAUGUCUGACUGGACGGAUAUUCUACCGAGAUACAUGAAGAAAUAAAACGCUCCAACUAUCCUCCACUGGUCUUUUUUUUGGACGGAGAUGGUCUCGCGUGGAAUAACGGAUUUGUGAAGCUAUGGCGCUCGGGCACGGCUCCAAAAAGUCGCGCUCCUGUGAUUUGGAGGUUUCACCAGCUCCUGUGGACCUGCCAUUGGAAUGGGUGGGGCCCGGUAACAAAGCCUCCAUGACGCCCUCUAAGAUGUUGAGACGACCCUGCAGGUGUCUCCUAGCCUUCCUUAUCAUCGUCACCAUCAUCAUCCUCUCGGGAGGAGCAGCUCUGGCAUGGUACUUCCUGGAGUACAGGGUAUGGGUACUGGAGCCCAGGGUACAACUGCAGUAUACUGCUAGACUCUCUAUCCUCAACAGGAACUAUUCCUCUGGUCUCUCCUCUCACACCAGCCCAGCCUUCACAGCCCAGGCAAAGGAAGUACAAGACAUGGUGAGGAGGAUAGUGAAGGGCUCAGACCUAUCUCGCUACUUCAACUCCACCAAAGUCUUUGCUUUUGGGGAGGGAAGUGUGGUGGCACACUUCUGGCUGGUACUGUCAGUCCCCGACAGCCAUGUUGGUAAGGUAACUAUGGAGCGAGUCAGCAGCUGCCUACACAGUCUACUAGGGGCCUACAGAGGGAGCGACAGAGAGGAGACUGCUAACUAUGGAGAAUAUCUGUUGCAUCUUCCUCUUUCUCUAUCACAGAAACAGACCCCAAAGUUGUAG